AAAUUCGAUGUAAAUUUACUGUGCAUUUUGCCAUUGUGUCAGUUCUCCCUCCCUUCCGUGUGGGUUCAAGUUCAGACGCACUUGGAUCGAGAUUAUCAUCUUACAUACUUCUGAAUACUUUGAAUUUGAAAGGUCACGAGUAAAACUUUCACACGUUAAAUUAUCAAAGACCUGAAGGGGCAAAGAAGCUACAUCUUGUCCGCGUAUGUACAGGAAUUUACAUUUUGGAUAUUGCUUUAUAAAGGAGGAGGGUCAUUAUAAACAACUUAACAUUCAUAAAUACUCGGCGCAAGAUGAGUUCUGAAACGACGAAAAGUACCCAACAAGCGCCGUACAAACCAAAAGUUUUGAAAGAAGGAUUCGUUGAAAAGAAAAGCAGGGUCUUGAAGAAAUGGCGAAAGCGUUACUUCAAAACAAACGGCGAAGUUUUAUGCUUUUUCAAAAAGGAGGACCACACAAACAGAGCGAAACCAAUGGGCCGAAUCUUCGUCGCAGACGUGUUAGCGGUCGGCAAACAUUUUUCGAAAGCUAAAAGCAAGGAUCAUUGCUUUAGUAUACACACGAAAUCGGGCAAGAAACAUAUUAUGAAUUGCGAAUCGCCAGAGGAAAGAGAUGCUUGGAUUUUGAUCGUAAACUUCGCGAAAGACGACUUCUUUAAAGCCGAGGAGGAAGACCCAGUUCGCAGACGAAGUGUGCGUUUAAACGGAGAUCUCAAGCGAAUUAAAUUGUUUAAAGAUCCAACGAAAGGAAUUGGCGUAAGAAUUAAAAGCGUCAAUGGGUGUGUAUUUGUAACGCGAAUCGUCGAGGACGGUCCAGUCGCCGAAACAGGGGUGCUGAGACCUGGUAGGUUUUGUUGUUGUUUUAUAUAAAUAUGCAGGUUGAUACAGUAUUGGCUAAGGUUAUUAACCCAUUGUUUAAGCUGCAAUGCUCUCAAAUGCUCUCUAUAAGGUAUUAUUAAAUAACAGACAAUUUUACUCGUGGAGGAGGGAAGUAAAAUCACUUGACGUUUUAUGUAACAAAAUAACAUAUGGCUUAAAAGUUCGGUUGCACUACUUAUCAUAGUGGGAAAAUAAUGUGAAUUCCUGCAUUAAAAAUGCAGAGGGUCUAUUUCGAGACAAUAGGUUUAUCAUAUCGGAAUCAUGCAUCUAACUAGCAAUAUAUUUAUCUGGAUAGAAAGGUUAUGUAACAUAAUAGUCCAGCAUUUGUAGUAUCCAUUGUGACAGCUUCUGCUUACAAGUUUUCAACUCAUCGCUUUUUUUAGAAAAACAAUUUGCUUGGUUGUAUAAUUUGCAUUGAUGUCACAUGUGACGGGCUAAUAUCAAUUAUGUCGUUCCAAUUUGAAUGUAAAUUAGGCCUCUUUUCGAAUCACAUAUGCUUGCAAAUUGGGAAAUACAGUUCCUCUUUGUGGAUUUUUAUUGUCCAAAAGAUGAAGGUUGAAAGGAUCAAAUUAUCACCUGGCAAUGUUUGCACAUUGAACUUGAAGCACUCAGAACUCUCGCAUGAUGCAACUGACAUGAAGUAAUAAUCAAACAGCAUAAAUUGUGGAAGCUGAAUAUUAGCUCACUGAGUGCAAGUACUCUCCUCUUGACAAGUAAAAUCAUCUGGUGUUAGACAGAGUAACAUAAUAACAACUCCAAAAUGAGGAUGUUACAAUGAUAAAGAUCCAUCAACACAAUACCAUGACUAGUCAUAUACGAUUCUUAUCCUGGCGUGUGUCAGGCACGAACAGGCACAGAUUUUCUAGGGGGGUGCGCAUUCCCCCAGAAAUGAUUUGCACAUCCCCAGAGGCAUUUGGCACCGCCCCCAAAAGUUUUUGCACCCCCACAAAUUAUGAUUUCAUAGUUUCAUAUUUGAUUAUUCUUACUACUAAAUUUGUAAAAUUACCAAUAUUAUGGUCUCAGAUCUUGCCAUGUAGGCCUAGAAAACAAUUUUGUUAAACUUUUUCCUUGGCCUUUCCGGGCGUUGCCACUCGAGGCCCCCGCCAAAGCAAGCAGCAGCACCUCCCAUAUAUUUAUCCCCCCACCCCCCCAAACAAAAAUCCGUCUCUGUACUAGAAUGUGUUAGGUCAAAUUUUGUCACACUGACGGUCAUUUAUUUCAUUUCAUUGAGCUGUACCCCGGAUAUAAUCUGUCACUUUUCUUACCAUCACUUCAUAUUAUUUUCCCCUAGGUGACCAACUUCUCGAUGUUGACGGUGUCAAUGUUAGCAACAUGACGAUAGAACAAGUCAGCGAAGUACUAAAAUCUGCACCGAUCCUAAUGACCUGUACGGUUAAGCCGGCCAACCACUUUAAAUAUGCAGCCGAGGAACCAACACAGACGCAAAAAAGCAGCUAUGCCGAGAUCGACAUCGACGCACUUGCCGCAGAAGAUCCCAAUGCAAACCACACACGUGAAAUGAUCGACGCCGGCUAUGAGGACGACCAAUCGAGCACAGGCAGCCAGAGUUACGUCAUCAUGCCAUCGGAUGACGAUCUCGAGGAUGAACACGCGUACGAGAAUAGUGACAUGGACCAUUCGAAAGAUAUGGACACAGACAUACCAGAAUACGUAAACAUUCCAAACAAAGGUGGUGAGUGGAGUGGAAACACAACAUCACCAAAGAAACCAAAUAUCCCAGCUGGACAAAGAAACUAUCUUGAGUUGUACUUUGAUGAAGACUCAUAAUCUAUUCUUAGUUUAAAUUUGCACUUACAUGCUACUCUUCAAUGAACAUCGCUGUUCUGAAGUGACAUCAAAAUGCAGUUAUACAAGGAGCCUUAUAAAAUAUUAACUCACAAAACAGCCAUAGAUGUAGAUAUUAUUUAAAACUUUUGAGGUGAAAUCGGUGGUGUAAUUAUACCGACGACUUGCAAGUCUAAAUUUUGUUAUUUAAUUAAACAUAUUUUAAUCAAAAUGAGUUUGUCCCAAGAGUGUACACACUCACUAGGGGGCAGAUUAAUCACUUGAACAAUGUUUUCUUUUCAUAAAGUAAAUAAUGAUUUUGAACCAAAAUAAAACCAUAAUUAUUGAGUUGCCCUUUUGAAAAAAAUAUAAAUGUAUAUCAGAAUAACUUUUAAAUGUUUGUUUCAUUUGUUUUAAUUAAACCAUUACAUGCCAAUGUGUGCUUAUGGAGCCCUUUUGUAGACUUGGCUUAUUAAUUAACAAACUUGUGUGAUCAUGCUCAUAGUCUUGCACGGCUUAACUCUGCUUAUUUUGUCCCUGAAAUCCCCUUGGUAUUUGCACAACUAGGGUGAGGUGAUUAAUCGAUAAAUUUUUUAGAACCGAUUUAACAGACGUUGCUUUCGGUGAAAAACCAGGAAAACAUCGGUAUUACAGCAAAAUCACUCUGACAAAAUCGGUAUAUUCAAAUGACGCUUUCAUGAUUAAACUAAAAGAGAGUUUAUACUAUACUUAUCCAGGUCCAUUACAAAAAAUCAAGUCUUGUGUUUACACAUGUAUGGGAAAACGUCUAUAACGAUGACCAGCGAUCUAAAAGGGCUUCGAUUCGCACACGCUUGAGUAGCAAAAACCGGUGCACUCGUCAUUUUUAUUAAAAUUGCCUCACCCUGGUACAAUCCAUCAUCAAAUAUAAUGACAUUUAACAAACAACAGCACACAAUAUUCUUAUUUUAUUUUAUUCAUUUCACGCAAUGUCACUUACAACCCUGCAACAAUUCUACUUGUCUUGCGACUCUUGGCCGGUUGGCAUGGUUCGGAUAAUGUCCGAGUCUCCAGGGUCGGUGAUGCUCAGCACAGAUACUCUGAAAUAUUUUCCGCAGGCGGUUCCCAGCUCAAUGUUGUUGCCAGUGUAGUGAUGGACACCUGUCUUUGCCAACAUUGCAUAGUACUCAAUCUCACUUUUCCUGUCGAGGGGAAAAAAUUAUUUUUUUAAGCCAGUAUAAAUAAAGUUGGUUUAGGUUUCCUCCUGUAGUAACACUGGAUCAAUAAGAGAUGAUCCUUACUGGACCUCUAGGGAGAACAGUUUAGAACUGAUAGAGCUAUCCAGUAUAAAUACAGUUAGUUUAGUUUAGGUUUCCUCCUGUAGUAACACUGGAUCAAUAAGAGAUGAUCCUUACUGGACCUCUAGGAAGAACAGUUUAGAACUGAUAGAGCUAUCCAGUAUAAAUAAAUACAGUUUAGUUUAGGUUUCCUCCUGUAGUAACACUGGAUCAAUAAGAGAUGAUCCUUACUGGACCUCAAGGAAGAACAGUUUAGAACUGAUAGAGCUAUCCAGUAUAAAUAAAGUUAGUGUAGUUUAGGUUUCCUCCUGUAGUAACACUGGAUCAAUAAGAGAUGAUCCUUACUGGACCUCAAGGAAGAACAGUUUAGAACUGAUAGAGCUAUCCAGUAUAAAUAAAGUUAGUUUAACAUUUUCCCAACAUACCUCAGUUGAGGAGUGUUAUUUGAGAUGAUAACCAACUUAGCCUUUCCUUGUCGGAGUGUCUUCAGAGUCGACUUGUAGCCCAAAGUGUAUUUACCACUUUUCAUAACAAGUUGAAGACGUGAGUUGAUGCUUUCUUGAGACUUUUUC